UCCACGACAGGCACCGACCACCUUGGCUCCAUUGCUCCAAUCAGUUGCCUGAUUAGGACUCAAUCUCCCCAGGCCAGGCCUGUGAAGUGAAGACAAUACAGGCCAUGUAUUUAGUUGCUAACAGGCACUAAAAGUUGCAUUGUCGUCCCCUCCUACAAUGUAGUUGCACGCGAAUGGCACAAGAUGGCGACAGAGUUUAUCUGAAAGGAUCAGCCCAAAUUGGAUGGCUUCUUGUCAGUCCUCUUCCUUCCUGUGAAUUUAGUCUUAGUGGGGGGCAAAGGGCUGCAGAGUGAAAAAUCUAAGAUCACAGAGCUGCUUUGAUAUUUUGUAUCUUUUAUAUUCAUAUAUAUUUGCAUAUUUAUAUAUUCAACAAUAAUUAGUAAUAUAUACAAAAAAUACAAAUUCCAAACUAAACUGCUACAGAGGAGCACACUGUGUGAUUGUUAAAAAACCUCAGCAUACAUUUGCACAAUUAAGCAGAUUUUUACACAACAUGAACACAAGAUUAGCUCAGAGAAGGGGAAAGGGAAGGGGGAGAUCCUAGCGCGACCAGCAGCCAGCCACAGCCCCAUGCAGCCAAACUGGCGGGGGGUCCCGGGGUCUUUGGAUGCGUGGAUGCAUGGCCCGAGGAAAUUCCCACUGACAGGUGCUCAGUCUUGGAGCCUCACUUUGCAGGGUGGAUGAGCAUUUCUGCAUUGACAAACUGGUCGCCCCCCAACCUGAAGGCAGCGGGUUGGUUCCUCUGUCCUCCUGUGAUCACGUCCAAGUAUCCCUGGCAAGAUGCUGAACCCCCAGUUGGUCCUGAUGCUGUGCCACCAACAGGUAGAAGGUGGGAAAGCACGAUGCCAGUGAAAGACCAUUCAAUUCAACCUCCAGGCCCACAAAGGACCGCACUCUGGUCAGCCCUGUCCUACAUGGACUCCUACACCGAAAGCAAGUUUCGGUCUGACAUUGCACAGAUGGCAUUCAAUCUCAGCGUGUUCCUCCUCCUUUGUGGGACCUGUGUCCUGUUGACUGGAGCUUUUCGCCCUUCAGAAGGCAAAGGCAAAGGCAAAGGCAAAGAGUGCAGAUGCCCCAAGGGCUGGACUCAGUACCAAGACUACUGUUACAUCUACCAGGAUUAUAACAGGGCUUUUGCAGAUGCAGAGAGGGUCUGCCAGCUGUUUCAUGGCAAUUUGGUGUCCAUCUGCGACGAGGUGGAAAAUGCAGUCAUUCUUCAGCUGAUUCGGGAUCACAAUGAUGGCAACCUCACAGACACCUGGAUAGGACUCCACGAUACUCUUGAGGAAGGAGACUAUCUUUGGACUGAUGGGACUUUUUUAAGGUUUGAUGACUUCGGGGUCCUUCCCACCCCACCUGAGGCCGACGGCAACGACUGUGUGGAGAUUGAGGACUUUGAUGGAAGAUGGGAUGACGAUAACUGCACCGACUUGAAUCCAUAUGUUUGCAUCAGACCUGUGUGCAUCAACGCUAACUAAUACGCCUUCUGACCAUGAUGGCUUCCGUGACGAUGGUUUUCCUGAGACACGAUGACGUGGGGCUGUGGGACUGUCAAAAAUAUCUUUGUCUUUUGCGAUACAGGGUAUUGUGUAUUAAUGUUAACUGUCAGGGAGACUGAUUGGAACCUAAACUUGCAUAUCUCUAAUAAAUGAAGGAA